AUGAGUCGACCGGUGCCCAACUUCGUUACCAUCGCGGGCCACCGAGUGAUGUUCGAGUACCGCGAGAUUCACCGGCUGCACAGCCGAGUGCACGCGUUGCGGGGGCCGUCACGGGACGCGCGAAGUUUCCGCAGGCGUUCCUACGCGGCCGCUGCCCGCGGUUCAUCAGCGCUGCCAGUCACCAACGCAGCACCUAGCCAGUCAUCCGGCGCCCCUUCGCCGAGGUCGGGUGAGACAUCCUCGCGUCUUCAGGUCCUCACGCCUAAGACCGCGCCCCGCACGACCGCAAAGGGACUACUCUCUUGGCGUCGCGACGGGGACUCAGACUCGAGCUCAGGCAGCAGCGCGGCGUCUUCAUGUGUCGAGGAAGAGACGCGCGGAGCGUCUGCCUCCGUUGCUUCGGCGUCGGCGUCUUCUGGCGCAGAUACAACCGAUAUCGAGACGGGCCCAACGCGAUCAGCGUCCCUUACGUCACCCGCAAGCCCAUCGGGCGACAAGGACUGCUCGCGUUCGGCUACCUCAGAGGACGCGUCUCCGGCGCCUCCUGAGCAAGAAGAGACAAGUCACCCCGUCUCCAACGAGCCGGCCAACGUGCUGGCCCCUGUCAAGGCACAGGAUUUGGGAGGGCUUCCGCAAGCCCCGGCCCGGGAUGACAGGCCCAUCGGGAGCCGCGGGCACUACGCCCUGCCUGAAGUCGACGACCGCGCUUCGUCAGACCCUUUCCCCGAGCGGGUUGCACCCCAUAAGGGCCGGAGACCGGACCCGCCCUUGGUCCACCCGGCGUCUGGCCGCGAGCGGAGAUCUCGCUCGCGCUCGUGUCGUCGCCGUGGAGACGGGGCUGGUCGCGAUUCGGGCGCGCAGGCCUCAAGUCGUGACACGGGCCGCGAGCCGAGGUCUCGCUCGCGUCGUCGUCAAGGAGACGAGCAGCAGCGCGACUCCAGUGAGGGUUCCCCCGCCCGUGAGGCGAGGCAGCGGCGGACCGGGCUCGAAGUCAGCAGCAGUGACAGCGACGCCCCGCCUAGGGCGAAGGCCCCGAGGUUGGUGGCGUGCGAGGUUCUGUCCCCACCUGCUGACUUGGCGAGCUGCUCAGAUCACCUGCCCCUCGUCACCACAUUGAAAAGCUACCCCGGAACCCGUAACGACAACCAACACUGGCGACUCGACUCUGCUCUUCUGAGGGAUGAAAUCAGCACCGAGAGCAUAAGAGAGCGCCUGAGAGCCUCCGUUGCAAACGCCCCAGAAGUGACACUGGAUUCCUGGGAUGCUUUGAAAGCAGAAUGGAGGAGAAUCCUCCAAGAGGAGGGGAAAGCCAGGAAGCGCCGCACCACAGCAAGGCUUAACGAGAUCCUACGCCGGAUCCGCAUCAUUAGAGAGGCGGAUACCCUAACAACUUGCACGCGGGGCUACUUAAACACGUUGGAGGUUGAGUCCACCCGCCUGCUCUAA